AUGUUUGCGUCUCCGCAAACAGUCCCAGCGAUCGUACUUGACGUGGGAAGCCGCACGACCAAGGCGGGGUUUGCCGGAGCGGACCUGCCGCAGAGCCUGUUUCCGUCCAUCGUGGGGUCCUACAUCAGUGAAGGGGGGUCACUGGAGGGCACACCCGCAAAACCGCUAGCCAAUACGGUCUUUGCUGGCUACGAGAACCUGCUGGGAACUGCAGAGCGUGUUAGGUUCCUGGAACUGCGCACUGCGUUCGACGACGACGGUAUCAUUCAAGACUGGGCAGCUUAUGAGGGACUCUUGGACUAUACUUUUCACCAGUUAAGAGCUUCACCAGAGGAAUACGCCCUUCUUCUUGUUGAAGCAUCCCAUAACCCGAAACGCCCGCGAGAAGAACUCUGUCAAGUACUGUUUGAAAAGUACGGUGUACCUGCCGUGUACUUUGGGCGAAGUGCCGCCCUCGCCUGUGUCGCUGCUGGACGACACACCGGCGUUGUUCUCGACUGUGGUGCGAGUGGUGUAACCGCAACGCCAGUUGUUGAGGGAAAUGUCAUGAAACAGGCUAUCUUGCGGAGCCGAGUCGCGGGUGGCAAUGCCCUCACGCGGGCUGCUGCUGAGCUUCUCGGCGGUUUCGAUGCAGUUCGGCCUGCGUACGCUUUCCGCCGGCGGGCUCUCGGCCGUGGCACCAACAAACGUGACGCAGCUGAUCCAGAGGCAGCCACCGAGGAACUUGCGGCUGCAGCGAGCACUGACGGGAGCAGCAGCUCCGAAGAAGCCGACGAUCGCGUUGACUUGAUCGGUGGAAGGACCCCGGAUACGGAAAGCGCUGCGUCUGUUGCCGAGGGACGCAUGGAAUUCCGAAUAGAGCCGCUUGACGUGCAUGGCGUUACUCGUAGCUACGAUGAAUAUGCCCGCAUCGAAGUUGUCGAAGACUUUAAGCACCACGUAUGCUGUGUGAAUCGUGAGCCGAGUUCAGUCGAAGACGUUGCCGAGGACGGUACCGCUUCGAAUGCCGUUUCUUGGGAAACGAGGAAAGCAGACGACGAGGGUUUGGCGGGCCAGCCUGCCGAUCCUGACAUACCGCCCAUCAGGUAUGAACUUCCCGACGGAACGUUGGUAUCCAUUGGAGCUGAGCGUUACCGCCCUGCCGAGAUACUUUUCAAAACGCUGCCCCAUGCGCGAACCAUCAAAGAGGAUCGUCCAUUCCUUGCCUACAUCCGCGAGCGGGAGCGGGGACCUUCCUCCAGCAAAGGGCUCGCUGGGAUGGUCGCGGACACCAUUCAGCGGUGUGAGGGCGCCCAGCACCGCGAAAUGUAUGCUGGGGUUAUUUUGACCGGGGGAUCCUCGGUGUUACCCGGCCUCUCGGAUAGGUUACAGACGGAACUCUACUUUUAUCAUAGUCGAUCCAAGAUGCACGCAGCCGCGAACCCCAUGGAACGCAAGUAUAUGGCGUGGACCGGUGGAUCGAUUCUUGCGACGUUUAUGGAUUUCCAACAGAAUUGGUUUUCCCGUGCGGAAUACCUCGAGAGCGGCGUCUCGCUCGUGCAGAAGCGAUGUCCCUGA